AUGGCUGCCAGCAUACUCAUGAGGCCACGCUUCAGGAUCUCACCGUUCCACCCUUCUCCAAUCAUUCGCUGCUGUAUACAAUCGCAUACACCAAGCUACCGCCAUUGGACUCACAGAAUGGCACAGCAACAAGAACCAGUCGAAGAGCAGACUCUCUCAUUCUACCAUCGCAAGAAUUACUAUCCCGUCAAGAUUGGCGAGGUCUUCAAUGAUCGAUAUCAAGUGAUUGCAAAACUUGGAUAUGGUGGAUACGCCACCGUCUGGCUUGCAAGAGAUAACAGGACAAAAGAAUACAAAACACUUAAGGUUACUGUACAAAGUGACAUUGCCUUGCGGUCUUCGACCUCCCCUGUGCUCAAUGAGGUUAAGAUGCUGAAACACCUGAUGCCGAUUGCGGCAGAUGAGGAAGAAGCCAACAACCCGGCCUUAAAAUUUAUACGCCUUGCCGACGAGAUUCUGGAGAUUGAUAAUCCAGCCACAGGUGGCCACCAUUACUGUAUUGUGUCUCAACCGCAAGGGAACAGUGUCCGCACAUUGCAAGAGGAGUUCCCAGGUGGUAUCCUACCUAGGCUUCUAGUGAAAUCAAUUGUCCAUCAACUGUUCUUUGGGCUCAAUUGGCUACAUGCAUGCGGUCGUGUUGUGCAUACAGAUAUACUGCCCCAGAACAUCCUUAUGGGCGAUUAUGACCCUACUGGCCUCAAGGAAGUUGAGGAACAGGAAUCUAAGAACCCUAGUGUGCCUAUUAUCACCAAGGACAAGAACGGAGCUGUAUCGGGCAUAGUCUACAAGUCUCAACCUACUAGACUGGAACAUACGGGUUUUCCUGUCCUUACAGACUUUGGCCAGAUGCGAUUCGCAGGAGAUGACGGUGAGUUUAACGACUGGUGGAUGCCUGAUCUUUACCGUGCACCGGAAAUCCUGUUGCAGCUUCCCUGGAGUUGUCCAGUUGAUAUGUGGUCUGUUGGCAUAAUGAUCCUUGAGCUGAUCGAAGGCCGAAAUCUAUUUGACCCGAUGGAUCACGAGCAUAGACAGUAUGUAUACCCGAUAGCGAUGGCGCAGUACAUAGGCUACCUUGGCCAUCCUCCACAAAAGAUGCUAGACAAAAGUCCAGUAAGAUCCACGUAUUAUAACGAUGAUGGGGAAUAUAUAGGCGAGGCACCAAUCCCAAAGGCCAGCUUGGAGGACUUUGUCACGACCAUCUCGUCUGAGAAAGAGAAAGAGCUGUUCCUCCGCUUCAUUCGAAGGAUGCUGACAUGGGAUCCAGAUGAGCGAGCUACAACAGAUCAAAUUAUCUGUGAUCCAUGGCUCAUGCUGACCCCUGAGGAGAUGCCUGGGGGGCUUGGUGUCUUUGAGUCCCUGUUACAUAAAUGA